AUGUCAUAUCAUAAUCAGCGACAUGACGGACGAAUACAGAAACCAUCAUACACACCGAGGUAUCAACAACACAACAAUAACAAUAAUCAAUAUAAUAACGAUUCAAAUGGUAAUCAACACAACAAUAACAGGUAUCAAUCUUAUCAAAAUAAUCUAGAUCAACAAUUAGCAAGUCAAGAGAAAAAACAAGCAUUUAGAAGAAUAACAGAUCAUGGAAAUAAUAUGACAAGAUGGUAUAUUGAAAAAUCUUUGGGUAUCAACACAUCAAAACAACAAUCAAUAGGUAAAAUACGACCAGAAAGUUCAUAUUUAAUUGAUUUAUUACCAUCAAUGGCUUAUUCGUCAAGUUUUAAUCGAAAUAGAAAAAACAACAAAAACAAUUUAGGUGUAAUGGAUUUAGAAACUAAAUUUGUUCAUUUAUCUUCAAAUAAAGUAAAACAUUCAAUAAAUACAGUUAAAUGGACACCAGAAGGUCGUAGAUUAUUAGUUGCUUCACAUUCUGGAGAAUUUACAUUAUGGAAUGGUAUGACAUUUAAUUUUGAAACCAUUAUGCAAGCUCAUGAAAAUCCUAUAUUAAGUUUAAAGUAUUCAAAUAAUGAUGAUUGGUUAUUAAGUGGUGAUCAAAAUGGUCAAAUAAAAUAUUGGCAACCUAAUUUUAAUAAUGUUAAUAAUAUAGCAGCUCAUUCUAAUGGGAUAAGAGAUAUUGCUUUUUCACCUAAUGAUUCUAAAUUUUUAUCAUGUGGUGAUGAUUCAAUGAUUAAAAUAUGGAAUUUUAAUAAUGGUAAAGAAGAAAGAACAUUAACUGGUCAUAACUGGGAAGUUAAAAGUGCUGAUUGGCAUAAAGAUUUAGGUUUGAUAGUAAGUGGAUCAAAAGAUAAUUUAGUAAAAUUAUGGGAUCCAAGAGUAUCUGAAUGUAUUACAACAUUACAUGGUUUUAAACAUACAGUAAAUACAACAAGAUUUCAACCAGCUGGAACUAAAAGAUUGUUAGCUUCAGUAUCUAGAGAUAGAUCAUGUAGAAUAUUUGAUUUAACUACAAUGAAAGAUAUGCUAGUGAUUAGAGAUACAGAUACUGAUUUAUCAUGUUGUUCUUGGCAUCCAUUACAUGCAUCUAUGUUAACUACUGCAACAUUUAGUGGUUCAAUUAAUCAUUAUUUAUUAAAUUCAUAUAUUCCAAAUUCAAAUGAAAGUAUACCUAAAAAAUCAAUAAAUUCAAAUAUAACUCAAUCAACAUCAAUAGAUUCAACACAUAAAAUCCCUUAUGCACAUGAAAAAGCAGUACAUUCAUUAGAAUAUCAUCCAAUGGGACAUUUAAUGUGUUCUGCAGGAUCAGAUAAAACAGCUAGGUUUUGGUCAAGAGCUAGACCGAAUGAUCCAAUGUCUUGGAAAGAUGCGGUUUAUACUGAUGAAAAAGUCGGUGCUUGGUAUUAUACUGUUAAUAAUAAUGUUAAUGCAGUAAUGGAAGAUCCAUCAUCUACUUAUAAUCAACCAUUAAUGAAUCAAGUUGGUAGUAUAUAG